AUUGACUCUUUUUGCAUCAAUUCCCAUCUUGUGCCCAACAAUAACAUGGCUUCAUAUACAUCACCUCUCUCAUUAAUUUUCAAUGUGCGAAGGUGCCAACCAGAGCUGGUGCCUCCAUGUAAACCCACUCCUCAUGAAGUUAAACUGUUAUCCGACAUAGAUGAUCAAGAUGGCCUUCGUUUCCAAAUUCCUCUCAUAUUUAUUUAUCGUCAUAAGCCAUCAAUGGCAGAGAAAGACCCUGUUCAAGUCAUUAGAGAGGGACUUUCAAAAACACUGGUGUUCUACUACCCCUUUGCAGGUAGGCUUAGAGAGGGACCUGGACGCAAAUUGAUGGUGGAUUGUACAGGGGAGGGUGUAUUGUUCAUUGAAGCUGAUGCGGAUGUAACACUUGAUCAAUUUGGUGACGCUCUUCAACCUCCAUUCCCUUGUUUCCAAGAGCUCUUAUAUGAUGUUCCAGGCUCAGAGCAAGUUACUAAUUGUCCUCUUCUACUCAUACAGGUAACACGCCUUAAGUGCGGUGGUUUCGUUGUGGCCAUCCGAAUGAACCACACCAUGAGUGAUGGAGCGGGUUUGAAGCAAUUCCUGAAUGCCCUGGCAGAAUUGUGUCAGGGCGCAUCCCAACCAUCCGUUCAACCUGUGUGGCAACGAGAGCUCUUAAUGGCGAGAGACCCACCACACAUCACAUUCAACCAUCGUGAAUACGAGCAAGUACUAGAUACCACCAAGGGAAUUGGAACACCCAUCAUCGUUGAUCAAUCAUUCUUUUUCGGACCUGCCGAAAUCACCGCUCUUCGCCGCUUGAUUCCCUUUCAUCUUCGCAAAUGCACCACUGUUGAUGUUAUCGCGGCAUGCUUUUGGCAUUGUCGCACAAAAGCUUUGCAAAUAGACCCAAAUGAUGACGUUCGCAUGAUGGUCCUCGUCAAUGCACGUGCCAGGUUUAACCCCCCAUUACCCGUCGGCUAUUAUGGUAACGGUUUUUCAUACCCAGCGGCGGUCACCACUGCAGGGAAGCUUUGCAGGAACUCGAUUGGCUAUGCAGUUGAGUUAAUAAAGAAAGCGAAAGGUGAAGUCACAGAGGAGUACAUGCAUUUUGUAGCGGAUUUUAUGGUUGUUAAUGGACGGUGUUUAUUUACAACUGUAAGAACUUGUAUUCUGUCAGAUUUGACACGUGCUAGGUUUGAAGAAGUUAAUUUUGGGUGGGGCGAAGCGUUGUAUGGAGGAGUGGCCAAAGGUGGUGCUGGGGACUUUCCUGGAGCAACCUAUAUGGUGCCGCACAAGAAUGAAAAAGGAGAAGAAGGUAUAGUGUUACCGAUUCGCUUGCCUCCUGAAGCUAUGAAGAGGUUUGCCAAAGAGUUGGAUGACAUGAUUGAGAACCAAAACCAACUUGCAAGGAGUAAGAUCGGCCCUAGUUUUACCAAUUCUGCCUUAUAAUAUGCUUCUUGAUAAGCUUAGAGUAUCCACCUUCGAUAAUAGUGACUAAUUAAUCUUCUUGCUGCGAGCGCUUGCACAAAAUAGUUAAGAGCUGAACAUCAAAUAUGCUAAAGUUCUUCUUAUAUGUAAUACGUAGUUUGUAAGUGAAACACUUGUAAAUAAUGUAUGGGAAUUCUAUAAGAAUAAGUUAUUGCAA